AUGAUGAGCGAGGAUGGUGGGGACGACUAUCAGAUUGUGAGGAUGAUGAUGGAUGGUUCCAUGGGAGAAGGGGCAGCAACCCCCCAUCUUGCACACACCACCUUGGUACACCAUGCACUGCAUGUACACUCUUCGCAGUCCUACGCGAGUUCAGAGACAACUGCACUUGCUUCUGUGGCACAAAUGAAAACAGAAAGACAACCCAUGCAAGUCCUCGAGCUAGUCCCAUUUGGUCGCAUCUCAGAUCGUGCCUGCCGGAGCUGCACAUCAGACGGGAAGGUGCAGCCACCCCGCCAGCAUUGCACGCCUGCGGAAUCGCCUCCGAGCGCUGUACCAAAGGCUGAAUGUACAACAAGGUGCAACAGUGCAGAGCGUGGGCAGAUGAGAAGACGGCGGAUUCCAGGACACAAGCGACUCCUCUGCCCUGCCCAACCGCCCAGCUCGGCCCAGCCCCUCGUGCUCCUUGACGACAACGACAACGACAACGACAACGACUACGACAACGACGACUCAAGACGCCCAACAACGUCGUCCUCGGCGUUGAGAAUCGCAUCGACUACUCUCACCUCCUAG